AUGGCAGAUGAGAGAGUCAAACGGAGUCAAUUGAAGCUCAAGAUUCAGAACGCUACACACCGGCACAAACAGUUGUCAUCAGGCCUCGAUGUCGCAGAGCCACCCCCGCGUACCCACCAGUCGGCGGAGGACGCCAUUCUACAAUUGGGACUCAUUGGUGAGCAAGGCGAGCUGCCUAAAAAUAGAACGGAUCUGAUUGGUUCGGAUCAGAAAGGUGCUCUGAGUGCUAGUAGUAGUGUGCCGCGAUUUAGUGAUAGUCCGAAUAGUCGGCAGCACAGGGCAAAAACAGUAUCGGGGCAUCUAGCGUCUGGUAAGCCAGGAUCAAGGCCUACUCAUUUGUAAUGUGUAUCCUUGUAUCAUCGGCUAUCUCAUAGCCGUCUAAUUUAGAAGGCUAUGCUAAUCU